AUAGGGGGCUGAAUUGUGUAUUAUACAAUACCUUAGAGGUAAGGUCGUAACUUUCCCAAAUAAAAAACAGUCGUCACUUUUAACAUAGGAAUCUGGUUUCUGCCUCUGCAGGCAGGCUAGAGCGCUCUAUCUCGAGUUUUGUUUCUUUUGCUCUUCUCAUUCUAUGCCUGCAGUGUGCAAUAGAUCGAAAUUAAGGAACUGAAACCAUACACUACACUUGUUUGACUAUGCAAAAAUCGGUUGGAAAGCGACACAAAUCCUUAGAAGCUAGUUUCUUUAUGGGCCGCGCAACCAGGUGAGAGUAUUUUUAUAUGCAGAGAGAGUGAGAAAUAAAUGGGAAAGAAAGGGGUAAAAGACAAGGUACACAUUGCUAGUGAUAAUGAUGAUUUAUGCCGGCUGUUCCUUCACAAAGGAAUUAAAUCUUCAUUUCUAUGUAUUGCCGUGUUUGGGCUGUUAGUUCGAGUGGCCGUGUCACUCCAUUUAUAUUCUGGUGCUGCCAAUCCUCCUAAGUUUGGUGAUUAUGAGGCACAGCGCCAUUGGAUGGAAAUCACACUUAAUCUUCCGCCCAAGGACUGGUAUCGCAAUUCCACUGUUAAUGAUCUUACUUACUGGGGACUUGACUACCCUCCCCUCACUGCCUAUCAGAGCUAUGUUCAUGGCCUUUUUCUUCGAUACUUUGAACCCAAAUCAGUUUCCCUUUUUACUUCUCGCGGUCACGAGUCCUAUCUUGGGAAAUUGCUCAUGAGAUGGACAGUCUUAUCUUCCGAUGCCCUGAUAUUUUUUCCUGCUGUUUUCUAUUUUGCUCUCGUGUAUUAUGGUAACCGCGCCAUUGGACAUAAAAGCGAUGUAGCAUGGCACAUUGCUGUUAUUCUAAUCAAUCCAUGUUUGAUCUUAAUUGAUCAUGGUCACUUUCAGUAUAACUGUAUUAGCUUGGGCCUUACUGUAGGAGCUGUUUCUGCUGUUCUUUCUCAGAAACAUCUUGUAGCUUCUGUACUCUUCUGUCUUUCUCUCAACCAUAAACAGAUGAGUGCAUAUUAUGCACCUGCUUUUUUCAGCCAUCUUUUAGGUAACUGCCUAAGGCGAAAGAAUCCUGUGCUUGAGGUUUCAAAAUUGGGAUUUGUGGUCUUAGGAACAUUUGCUAUUAUUUGGUGGCCGUACCUUCAUUCAAAAGAUGCCAUUUUGGAGGUUCUUGCUCGUCUUGCUCCUUUUGAAAGAGGAAUAUAUGAAGAUUAUGUGGCUAACUUUUGGUGCACUACAUCGGUUCUCAUUAAGUGGAAGAGAUUAUUUGCAACACAAGCACUAAGGACUCUCAGCCUAGCUGCAACAAUAUUAACCUGUCUGCCUUCAAUGGUUCAGCAAAUACUGUAUCCCAGCAGAAAAGGUUUCCUCUAUGGGCUUUUGAAUAGUUCUUUCUCUUUCUAUCUAUUUUCGUUCCAAGUGCAUGAGAAGUCGAUUCUGCUGCCACUUCUGCCUGCAAGCCUACUAGCCACAGAAUUACGUGGUCCAUUUGAGUUAUUAAUGCAUUAUGCAUUAUUCUCCAUGUUUCCUCUUCUGUCUCGGGACAAAUUGAUUGUUCCAUAUAUGGCUCUAUAUGCUCUCUUCUUCCUUUUUUACUUCCCUCCCAAUGGAAAAAGAGAUGCUAAAAUUCAUCAUUAUGCCACCCCCACUUCCCUCUCAAUUAUGUUGGCCAUUCUGUACCUGUUCUCUCUGAUUCUUCAUACAAUUUACUUGACCACUCGUCCUCCAGAGAAGUAUCCUUUCCUUUUUGAAGCAAUAAUCAUGCUUCUCUGCUUCUCUCAGUUCAUGUUAUUUGUGUUUUACACCAAUGCAAAGCAAUGGAUGUUGUCAAGACAAUUUUCAUCAAAUGAUAAAGAAAAGAAACUGAAUUAACCUUUU